UUGGUCUCUCCCGCCUCCCGGCAUGCUGCCCACCAUCAACAUGGCGGCCCCCUUGCGGCGCGGGUUGCGUGCGGGACGCGUUCUGCGUGCGGGACUCCGAACUCACCUCGUCGCUCCCGCUGACGGUCCCCUCGCUGCCCCUGCAGGCGUUUCACCUCUUCCCCGAGCGGGGCCCGCGGCACUUGCGGCCGUGCGCGCCCGGAGGUGCACGCCCUGCUUAAGGCCGCUGUCCUUCACAAGGGAGACCAACUGUACUUUAAUCUCAAGCAGGUUUUUGCACACUACGUGCAGUGCCUAUCGCUGCACGCAAGCACCCAUGAAAGAGCGGCACCAGAACCCAUACAAACUGGUGCAGGAUGACAUGAGCAACCUUUGCGAUGACAUUAAAAAGGAGCUGGUGACAGGAAUCGCAGACCUCAGGGAUAUGACUCAUUACUACUUUGAUGGGAAGGGAAAGUCAUUCCGGCCGAUGGUGGUGUUGCUGAUGGCACGGGCAUGUAAUUUCCACCAGCACAAUACCAGUGAGGUGAGCGACAGCCAACGACGGAUAGCCAUGGUCGCUGAAAUGAUCCACACAGCCAGCCUCGUGCACGACGAUGUAAUUGACAAAGCCAACACACGGCGUGGGAAACCUGCGGUGAAUUUCAAAUGGGGUGAGAAGAAGGCGAUCCUAGCAGGGGAUUUCAUUCUCUCUGCAGCCUCAGUAGCCCUAGCCCGUCUCGGGAAUGGAGAUGUUGUGUCACUCCUGUCGCAGGUCAUUGAUGACCUCGUCAAUGGGGAGUUUAUGCAAUUAGGCUCGAAAGAGAAUGAGAAUGAAAGGUUUGCGCACUAUCUGAAAAAAAACUUCAAGAAAACUGCGAGCCUUAUUGCACACAGCGCUAAAGCGGUUGCUGUUCUUGGUGAAGUAGAUACCGAUGUCCAGGAAAUCGCCUUCAUGUAUGGCAAACACUUGGGGAUUGCAUUUCAGCUGAUUGAUGACGUUUUGGAUUUCACUGCAUGUGGAAAUCAGUUGGGCAAGCCAGCUGCAGCUGAUCUCAAGCUAGGGCUGGCCACGGCACCUGUGCUAUUUGCUUGUGACAAGCACCCGGAACUGCACAGUAUGAUAAUGAGACGUUUUAGCCUCACUGGAGAUGUUGAGAAAGCUUGGGAGCAUGUCUUGGAGAGUGAUGGCGUACAGCAGACACGAGACCUAGCACAGCGCUAUUGCAGCGAAGCUGUCAAGCUCAUCAGCACCCUGCGGCCAUCACCUGAACGUGAUGCACUCAUAGGGAUAACGGAGAUGGUGCUUACACGAGAUAAAUGACCUAGCGUUAACACCUCAAGCCGCUAUUAAAUGCCAGUGCUGUUAAUGCUUCCUGAUGUAAAGGUCCGCAUUGGCCUGAAUUUAUUGUUUGGUGGUGGGAAUGACAUGGGCUGAGUAGAUUAGUGGAAGGAAUAACUGUGCCCAGAUUCAGUAUGCGCUGUGCACAAAUUAUGAUUUGUACAAGAUAAAUGCGAAACAUUUUCGCAGAGUGCGACAUUUAAGGGUGCUGAUGAAAACUUCUAAAGGCGUUCAGAGUAUUGCUACGUUUGAACGGUUAUCACUUGAAUAGUUUUUUUAUUUUAUACACUUGUGUAUAAUUUCGCAUGAAGUUGCAAAAUGUCUUGUCACCAAAAAGUGUUUGUAAUCAAGCUUUUUUAAAACGCAAACAUGUUUACAUAGUUUUCAAAUUGAGGCCAGUAACAUUCAUUGCCAUAAUGGCUUUUUUACAUCUGACUGGCAGCUGUAUAUUUUAAGGCCUUAUUGCAACUCGGGAUGUCUGAAGACAUGAGUUUUAUCUUGUAUAAAAAAAAAACUUUCAAUCA